AAUGAGCACCCAACGGAGUUCUGCUUUCUCCAAAACUCACACGGAGAAGGAGACCUAUAUUCAUCGAUUCAUUGGCACUUGGAUUGGAUCCACCUAAGACUGCACAAAUAACACAGAAUGGCGUACCUUAGCAUGGGAGAGGCGCACCGGAGAAUAACUGAUUACCUAAACCGCUUCUCCGAUGCCGUGUUUUCCCAAGACGGACCUUCCCUCAAACAGCUCCUCUCUUUCUCCUCCAACUCUCCCUCUCUCCUCGCCCUUGCCGAUGCCCUCAAUGUCUUCCAGGACGCUAAUAGAUUGAUUAAGCAAUCGGAGAAAUAUUCCCAAUAUGGGGAAAUAACAGCUCCACUUUUCCGGUCUCUCCAAAGUUAUCGACUUGGAAACUUGGUGGAUACUUACUCUGCCUUUGAAAAAGCGGCCAAUGCCUUCAUUCAGGAGUUUCGAAAUUGGGAAUCGGCUUGGGCUUUGGAGGCUCUGUUUGUCGUUGCCUAUGAAAUUAGGGUUCUUGCAGAGAGGGCUGAUAAAGAUUUGGCUUCAAAUGGAAAAUCUCCGGAAAAAUUGAAGGCAGCGGGUUCAUUCCUCAUGAAAGUGUUUGGCGUUCUUGCUGGAAAAGGCCCAAAACGUGUAGGAGCUUUAUAUGUGACUUGCCAGUUGUUCAAAAUAUAUUUCAAGCUCGGUACAGUUCAUCUUUGCCGCAGUGUGAUAAGGAGUAUUGAAACUGCUCGAAUUUUUGAUUUUGAGGAGUUCCCUAAGAGAGAUAAGGUCACCUACAUGUAUUAUACUGGCCGUUUGGAAGUUUUCAAUGAAAAUUUUCCUGCUGCUGAUCAUAAAUUAUCAUAUGCCUUAAUGCACUGCAACCCCCACAAUGAAGCAAAUAUAAGGAUGAUUCUAAAAUAUUUGAUACCUGUGAAGCUUUCAAUAGGUAUCUUGCCUAAAGAUUGGCUCCUGGAAAAGUAUAACCUAGUUGAGUACAGAAAUGUUGUUCAAGCUCUAAAAAGGGGUGAUCUUCGACUUCUUCGACAUGCCCUCCAGGAGCAUGAAGACCGGUUUCUAAGGUCAGGUGUGUUUCUUGUUCUGGAGAAGCUAGAGCUGCAGGUUUAUCAAAGAUUGCUGAAAAAAAUUUACAUCAUCCAAAAGCAGAAGGACCCGAGCAAAGCUCACCAGAUGAAGUUGGAAAUAAUUAUUAAAGCGUUAAAGUGGCUUGAGAUGGACAUGGAUUUGGAUGAGGUGGAAUGUAUUGUGGCCAUAUUAAUAAACAAGAACCUUGUUAAAGGAUACUUUGCACAUAAAAGCAAAGUCGCAGUGUUAAGCAAGCAAGAUCCCUUUCCCAAGUUAAAUGGAAAGCCUGUUAAUUCAUAGAGGUGGCUAACAUGCUGUUUAUAUACAAUACAAUGAGCCAGUAUGACAGCAAUAGGCAUGCUAGUUGCAUGAUUGAAGUUCAAUUUAUUUACUAAGUAGCACAUAUGGCUUCUGUUCUGAAAAAUAUAAAUAUCUGCUUGCUUGUGAACGUGCCAGUAUAGUCACUGUUGUUGUAUCAGCCAAAUUUUGUCUCGUUUACUUCUAUGCUUACGGCUAAAUGCAAUGAUUUUUCACC